AUGAUUUUUAAACAAUGGUAUUCUGACCAUAUUCCUAGACACCAGGUUGAUUCAAUCAACUAUUCGGACCCCAACUCGCUGCUUUUAAACGCCGAACCAGAGGUUAAUAUCUCUAAUGAGAUUACUAGGAAGUACUCGAAAGGUUUUGUUGUGCCAUACUCUAUGAGUUGGCUCUUUCCUCCGGAUGUUAUACAUCUACAAGAAAUAAGUGAAAUUAGUGCUACUCUAAAGCAAAAUGUCGGUGCAAGCUCUAGGGAUGUGCAGGAUAAUCUUAAUGGACAAUUUUACGAAGUUGAGUCGAAGCCUACUGCAAAAGAGGUUUGUUUGUCUUACAAGUUAUACGAAUAUAAUGACACCCUUAUUGUGAUAGUAUUAGAAGAUGACAUGAAAUAUCCGCCAAUUUUGCAUAAUUAUCUUUCUGAAAUCGUAGCUAAGGUUCUACGAGAAGCUACCUCAUCGCUUACAAUUCUGGUUAACUCUGAUCAUGUCACUGGUGUGAAAUCUCUAGAGGAAUUGGAGCCACCUGAGUUCAUUAAAGGGGCUGUCGCUGCUUUAGUAUUAUCGUUAUUAGGGCAUUGUGGUGGACCUGAUUCGAAGGACAGUUAUAUCUUAGUACAAAGUGAAGGCCCAAACGGUUUUGAAAAGCACAAUAUCGCGGUUGUAGAUGAUCUUAUUGGACAUAUGGCAAGCACAUUGUCACAGCCGGCUGACUACGUUUCGUCGACCUAUAACUGCUGGAAAAUGCAUGCUGGAUCGCAAUUCCAGGGUGGUCUGUACCUAUAG